AUGACUGAAAUUGUACGAAAACGUUCUAUACACAUACGCGAUGCAAGGAUAGCAGGGCUUUAUGAUCUUGAACAUACAAUUGGUCAAGGACACUUCGCGGUAGUAAAGCUGGCACGCCAUGUUUUUACUGGCGAGAGGGUAGCUGUAAAAAUUAUUGAUAAAACUAAUCUCGAUAACGAUUCAAUGGGACAUGUGCUACAAGAGGUACGAUGUAUGAAACUGGUGCAGCAUGCAAACAUUGUGCGACUCUACGAGGUUAUCGACACUAAAACAAAGAUGUUCCUAAUUCUUGAGCUAGGAGACUAUGACAUGCACGACUUCAUUAUCAAGCAUGAAAAUGGUGUCGAAGAAUCGUUAGCCCAACAGUAUUUCUGUCAGAUUAUAACUGCAAUAGAUUAUUGUCACCGUCUUCACGUUGUCCAUCGUGAUUUGAAGCCUGAAAACGUAGUGUUUUUCGAAAAGCUUGGGAUGGUAAAACUAACUGAUUUUGGAUUCUCUAAUCUCUUUGAGCCUGGUGAACAGUUACGUACGGCAUGUGGUUCGCUUGCAUAUUCUGCUCCUGAAAUUCUCCUUGGUGAUGCUUACGAUGCGCCUGCAGUAGACGUUUGGUCCUUGGGGGUUAUUCUUUUUAUGCUGGUUUGUGGUCGAUUACCUUUCCAAGAAGCUAACGACUCGGAAACCCUCACCAAGAUUCUCGAUUGUCGAUACAGCACUCCUGAUCAUCUCUCCAACGCCUGUCGAAACCUGAUCCAGCGUAUGCUGGUUCGCGAUCCGUCGAAAAGAGCUGGAUUGGCUGAGAUAGCCUCAAAUGCGUGGGUCAUGGCAGGUGAUCGAGGACAUGCUGCGGUAUUACCUCUGAUAGUUAAACAUCACCUGCCUCACUCUGCUCAUACAACCAUAAUAGAACAGAUGGUGGCAGGUGGAGUAGGGUCAGAGGAAUCCAUCCUCAGGGCUCUCGAGAAUGAUGAGUACAAUUCAAUGACGGCGACCUAUUAUCUGCUGGCUGAGCGCAUUUUGGCCACAUGUAGAGAGGAACAAGCAAAGGAACUCAUGGCAAGAGCAGGAACUAAAGUACCCGACGAAGAGUUACAAGACAGAUUGACUCUUUGGAAGACAUUAGCUUUGGCCACAUCAGAGGCUCAUUAA